UGCACACCUUUUGAUAACCAUGCAAAUGCAUCCCAAGUGACUGAAUUUAGCAUUGAAACUCACUCAUCUUUGCAUCGGUUUCUGCCUGCGCUUUUGCAACUUUGCCCAUCUCGUUAACAAUUUCGAGUUAAUAUUGUCCCCCUUCCUCCUUCUGUGCUGUUCCAACCAAGCGUGCGCUUUGAACAACAUGUCAGCCACAACGACGACGGCGCUCUCGGCCGACCUGUGCCGGUAUUGCUUUGACACACUCAGCAACCACUUUUCGUCGCGGCACCCGGUCGCGCCUCCGAGCUUUGGCAACGAGUCCUAUCCCCUGUUUGUCACUUGGAACAUGCUAAACAAAGGCCAUUCGCAUCCAACGUCGUCGGAGGAUGCUCAUUCGGAGCAUUCUUACGCAUUGCGCGGUUGCAUUGGCACAUUCAGCGCACGCCCGUUGCAUGAUGGGUUGGCGGAAUUUUCGUUGCGAAGCGCCCUCAAGGACAGGCGAUUCUCUCCCAUCAGCGAGAAAGAGCUGCCACACUUGACCUGCGGCGUGUCGCUGCUGAUCAACUUUGAGGAUGCUGCAGACUACCUCGAUUGGGAGAUUGGCGUGCAUGGCAUCUGGAUUGAGUUUGUCACCGAAGGCGGUUACAAGGAAACGGCCACCUACCUGCCGGAGGUCAUGCCCGAGCAAGGAUGGACAAAGAUCGAGGCCAUCGAUUCCCUGCUCCGCAAGGGCGGCUACCGCGCCAAAAUCACAGAGGAGGUGCGCUCGAACAUUAAACUGACUCGCUACCAGAGCGUCAAGUUCCGCAUGACGCACCCCGAGUAUCUGCGGCUUCGUGCCAAAUGAAGGAGUGCCAGGUGCACCAUUGUGAUAAUGAAUGCUGGAUUUGUCUUGUACAAUGAGGAGAUCAAACUUCGCACAUG